CGACGAUCUCCGCCGUCUUCACUUGCACCCACUACAAUGGCCAAAACAGCUGCAGCUGUCCUUGCUUUGGCACUGGUUCCAUCGGCGCUGGCGUUCCGGGAUACGUCUCCCCUGUUUAUUUUCUCCACCUCCGAGUUGACCGGCACCGGAAAUGUUCCUACUAUCGCUCGAGCGGAAGCAGUCGACGACCAGAUCAGGCUAUUAUUAAGUGGAUGCCCAUCGAGAACAUACUUUAUUGUCCAACAGGAUGGUGUCGCCGCCGCAGACUAUGACUCCAUAAACGCGCCGCGACUGGCCUCGUACACCACAGGAUCGAACGAUGUCAUCAAAAGCAGCAUCACCACGGAGGUUUUAGGAGUUCUGAAGACGGGAGAGCUGUCCCAUUAUCUAGAAAGCAAAUGCGGCGCCAAAGUCCAACAGGCAGACAACGCUAGCGAAGAUGAGAGUGAUCCAAGGGUCAUAAGGGUCUCGUUUGCGGCGCCGUCAGCGACUGAUCUCACCAGCGUCCUACGAAAGAACGAUGGGGAACUAGAAUAUAUCAUCUCCCGACUCGCUCCUUCCAAGGACUAUACCGUUAUUUACACCACGACACCUCGAGACCUGGACGAGUCCCAUAACCUUUCCAGUGAACAUGUAUACGAAAUGGAAGAUCCAUUCCGCGAUGCAGUAAAGAUGGAGUUGAAGCGAGACACAACCUACAUCCGGCGAGCGGACAACGUCAACCAAGGUGGCCUUUUCGAGAAAUACCAGUACUUUUCCCCUGGUCUCUUUAUGGCCUUUUCUGCAAUGGUACCCCUCGUUCUCAUCCUUGGCGUCGGUUUGAAAGCAAUCGCCGGUCUAGAGGUUUCCUAUUUCGCUUUCAGCAAGGAGAUGGGUCCCACUGCCCAGAAGAAGCAAUAGCUCUGAGAUAUCCAUGUAUAUUGUGUACCCGGUCCAACAUUACGGAUAGGCGUUUCGCGUGGGAUU